CCACCCUCCCCUUUCCUCUCUCUCUCUCUGUCUCAACAUCGUCUCUCCUCCGGGGGUCAUGAUGCUUCUAUCCUUUAUAACACCGGGGCCGCAUCAUCACGAGCAAAAGCUAGAGCACUCUCAGAAAGCAGAGGAGUAGAGCACUCUCUCUCCCAACCCCCUGCUCUUCUUCUCAUUCUUAUUUUCCACUCAACAUCCUGAGAAAUGGGCAGCCUGCUUGAGGCGGAAAGAGUGGUAACCGGAUGGGCCGCAAGGGAUCCCAGUGGCUUUCUCUCUCCCUACAGCUACACGCUAAGGAAGACCGGGCCGGAGGAUGUGGUGAUAAAGGUGUUGUACUGCGGUGUCUGCCACACCGAUGUCCACCAGGCCAAGAACCAUCUUGGAAUGUCCAAAUACCCCAUGGUUCCAGGGCAUGAGGUGGUGGGGGAGGUGGUGGAGGUGGGGAGGGAGGUGAGCAAGGUGCGGGUGGGGGACGUGGUGGGUGCGGGGGUGAUCGUAGGGUGCUGCCGGGAGUGCGGGUCCUGCAAGGCCAACAUCGAGCAGUACUGCAACAAGCGCAUCUGGUCCUACAACGACGUCUACACCGACGGCAAGCCCACCCAGGGCGGUUUCGCUUCCGCCAUGGUCGUCGACCAAAAGUUUGUGCUAAAGAUACCGUCAGGCCUCGCACCCGAGCAAGCAGCUCCCCUGCUAUGCGCAGGGGUGACCGUAUACAGUCCUCUGAGACACUUCGGGCUGACGAAAGGUGGGCUGAGGGGUGCUAUCAUGGGUCUAGGAGGGGUUGGCCAUAUGGGGGUGAAGAUUGCCAAGGCCAUGGGCCACCAUGUUACCGUGAUCAGCUCCUCCGACCGCAAGCGGACGGAGGCCAUGGACCACCUCGGCGCCGACGCCUACCUUGUGAGCUCCGAUGAGGCCCAGAUGGCCGCAGCCAUCGACUCCCUCGACUACAUUAUCGACACGGUGCCGGCGUUCCACCCCCUGGAGCCCUACCUCUCGCUGCUCAAGGUGGAUGGCAAGCUCAUUCUGAUGGGCGUCAUCAACCAGCCCCUGCAGUUCGUCACUCCCGCGGUGAUGUUAGGGAGGAAAACAAUUAGUGGGAGCUUCAUAGGGAGCAUGGACGAGACACGGGAGAUGUUGGAGUUUUGCGAGAAGAAAGGCUUGACUUCAAUGAUUGAGAUGGUGAAGAUGGAGCAAAUCAACGAGGCUCUGGAGAGAUUGGAGCGCAAUGAUGUCAGGUACCGUUUUGUGGUAGACGUGGCCGGCAGCAAGCUUGACCCGUGAUCCUCUAAUAAGCAAACGCUUCAAAACGGAAACGGUCCUGAAUCCUGAUGCAGCACUUCCUUCUUCUUGCCUUUCUUUACCUUUACAUCUGUUCAAAGUUCGUGUUUCCCUAUCGACUGGUUUUCCGCAUUGUUUCGUUUUGAUGAUGGUCUGAUUAUACUGUAAUUCGGUGAGCUCUGUUGCAUAAGUUGAUGAGUUGUAACUAAUUACGGAUGACCAACUCUUUCCGUAUUAUACAUCCGGUAUGGUGUUAUCUAAUGGAUAUUGAUGGGUGUGAUCCAUGAAUAGUUAUGUAAAAACAGGAAUUAUAGAAUAGUUUAUAUAAAACUUUUCAUUUGCUGGAUA